GUACUGUAUUGAGUUGACUGUCAGUUUUUUCAGGCACAUUUUCCAGGCGCCCUUUCUGCGCGCGGUGCAUUGCGGGAGCGUCGCGUCUCUUGUAUCGAGCGAAACCGAUUGCCUAUACCUUAGUCUGAAGGAAGGUGUGCUAGCUGUUGUGUGUGCCGGUGACGUUUUGUUUUUUAAAACAUGUCGGUGCGGGAAUCUUUUAACCCGGAGAGUUAUGAACUGGACAAGAACUUCAGACUAACACGCUUCACAGAGCUCAAGGGGACGGGCUGCAAAGUUCCUCAAGAUGUGCUCCAGAAACUUCUAGAAUCCCUGCAGGAGAAUCAUUAUCAGGAAGAUGAGCAGUUUCUCGGGGCUGUAAUGCCCAGACUAGGCAUUGGGAUGGACACCUGCGUGAUCCCGUUGAGACAUGGAGGCUUGUCACUUGUACAGACCACAGACUACAUCUACCCCAUAGUGGAUGAUCCAUAUAUGAUGGGCAGAAUUGCUUGUGCCAAUGUGCUGAGUGACCUGUACGCCAUGGGAGUAACAGAAUGCGAUAACAUGCUGAUGCUUCUCGGUGUCAGCAACAAACUCACAGAGAAGGAGCGUGAUAAGGUCAUGCCGCUGGUCAUCCAGGGGUUUAAGGAUGCAUCAGAGGAAGCAGGGACCUCUGUAACAGGCGGUCAGACGGUUAUAAAUCCAUGGAUAGUCCUGGGAGGUGUAGCUACAACAGUGUGCCAACCUAAUGAGUUCAUUAUGCCAGAUAAUGCAGUACCAGGCGAUGUGCUGGUUCUCACUAAACCUCUAGGAACACAAGUGGCAGUCGCAGUGCACCAGUGGCUGGAUAUUCCAGAGAAAUGGAAUAAGAUAAAGCUGGUGGUCACUCAGGAGGACGUUGAAUUGGCUUAUCAGGAGGCCAUGUUGAACAUGGCUCGACUCAAUAGAACAGCGGCCGGGCUGAUGCACACCUUCAAUGCACAUGCAGCGACUGACAUCACAGGGUUUGGGAUUCUGGGUCAUGCUCAGAAUCUGGCUCGACAGCAGCGCACAGAGGUGUCCUUCGUCAUUCACAACCUGCCAGUUCUCGCCAAGAUGGCUGCUGUCAGCAAAGCUUGCGGGAACAUGUUUGGCCUUAUGCACGGCACCUGCCCAGAGACCUCAGGAGGUUUGCUGAUCUGUCUUCCACGUGAGCAAGCAGCCCGUUUUUGCGCUGAGAUCAAAUCUCCUAAGUACGGUGAAGGACACCAGGCCUGGAUCAUUGGUAUCGUAGAGAAAGGCAACCGCACGGCACGCAUCAUUGACAAACCCCGCAUCAUUGAAGUCGCACCACAGGUCGCCACACAGAAUGUCAACACCACUCCAGGAGCCACGUCUUAAACCUGACCCUGACAACUAGCGCACAUCUGAGUAUAUAUAUAUCAGCAUAAUGAUAUAUAUGUAAAGUGUCUGCUCAUCUUGGCCUUCUGGCAGAUUCCUCUUCAUGGACACGGUUAUAAAGCAGAAGAGCAUUUAACGAAGAAAAUUCGGUUGCCUUUUUAUGUCUGUAGUUUUCUGUUACAUUAACCGAACAUGCACCUGAUUGUGAGGCAGCUUCCAAGUAGAGCGUAUAAUUAAUAGUACGAUUCCUAUCCGAUUACUUCACAAUUUCUUCUGCUCACCUGCAGUUUCAUACAUUAUUAGCCAUGAUGUGUUUUAGCCUUUGCUGUUAGUAUGUGCCACACAUCGUCAUAGUCAUAAUCUCGGCCUCGAAUGAUAGUUGAUGAAGCUGCAGUGAUGAGGAAGAGCGUAUUGGGAAAACUUUUUUUUUUUACUUUUGUAUUAUAAAACAACCCUCCCUCACUGUUCGGUGGAAACAUUGUCGGACUGAAGGAAUCUAAGGUAAUACCUCUCUAAUUAAUCAAGUCCUCGUAUUCUAGGAAACAUGCGCUUGUCUUUGACGCCGGUGCUGAUGUUUCUCAAAGAAUGUGCUAAACAUUGGGGAUGCAGUUUCUAAUGUAUGAUAUUCACUGUUUCACAUGAACGUCUUUAGUUCUGUUCUGUGGUAGAGCUGUUUUUAUAUUCUGUACAUACUUCUGUAUUCUGUACAAGGUCAUACUUUCUCGCUCUCUCUCUUUCUCUGUUUGCUAAUCAUUAUAUAUAUGCCUUGAAACCCUACCAAUAAAUCUCCAAUCUUUUUUUAAAUUCUUGAAAA